CUCUCUUCUCACACAACUAUGGCAAACACCAUAAACAAAAAAAAUUACACAAAAAUCAGCAUACUUUCUCUCAUUUUGCUACUGUUCCCUCUACUAGCUACCUCAUACAAUCCAAUUUACAAUAUAGCCAUUAGUUGUGGCUCCUCAACGAACACUACUGCCUUAGAUAGUCGAAUUUGGGUUGGUGAUAAUAAUGAUAACACAAAACUCUUUACUUUCAUUGAACCAAAAACCACUAAUCCAUCUCCUAAAACAUCACUUAAAUCCCCAAAUUUCACAGUUCCAUACACACACGCACGUGUCUCUUUCUCAAAUUUUACAUACUCAUUUUCUAGCAUCACUGUUUCCCCUGUUUUUCUUCGCCUUUAUUUUUACCCUGCAUCGUAUCAAAAUUUUGAACCCUCAAAUGCACUUUUCUCUGUCAAAGUAAACAACAAUCUCACCCUUCUUCAAAACUUCAACCCUUCACUUUGGCUUCAUCAUGAUGAGAAUAAUAUCAUCAAAGAGUAUUGCAUCCAAAUUAAAACAAAUGAGAAGCUAAACAUAACUUUCAUUCCCACAUCAAAUGUUAGUUAUGCUUUCAUUAACGGAAUCGAAGUUGUGUCUAUGCCUUCUUUUCUCUAUUACACAAACCUCAGUGACCAAGAUUAUCGUAUCAAGUUAGAUGGCUCUGAAGAUAUACCAUACCAAAUUCUUAAUGACAAAGCUUUGGAGAUGGUUUAUAGAGUCAACGUUGGUCGAAUUCAAGUUCCACCAAACCAAGAUACAGGUAUGUUUCGUAAUUGGGACAAUGAUUAUCCUCGUUACUUGGAGAAACAAUAUCCGCUAAGCGUAUCAAAUGAUUAUGAACAUCAUCUAAACUAUUUAAAAAAUGCCAUUCCAAAUUACACUGCACCAGAAGCUGUUUAUUUAACUGCAAGAAGUUUAGAAAUGAAAUUAUUGGUAUCAAAUGGUUUUGGUGUGUCUAGUAGUUGGGAAAAUGAUUUCAAUGUAACUUGGAAUUUUGAGGUUGAUUCUGGUUUUACUUAUAUGGUAAGGUUACAUUUUUGUGAGUUUGAUCCGGAUAUAACAAAUAAAGGUGAUAGAGUCUUUCAGAUAUUCAUAGAUAACACUUUGGUUGAAGAAAAGGCGGAUGUGAUAGGGUGGAGUGGUGCUCGUAUGGUUCCUGUUCAUAAGGAUUAUGCAAUGUCUAUGGACUAUCAAGAAGGAAGCUCUCAACUUGAAAGAGCUAAUCUUUCAAUCAAGCUUCAACCAUUGACAGAAUACAAUGGUUUCAUAUUGAAUGGAAUCGAGAUUUUAAAAAUAAGUGACAAAAAUAACAAUCUCGCGAUUGCAGUUUCAACCCAAUCGUCAAAAAUAACUAAGAUCACCCCACUUGUGGCUAUUGUUGUUGUGACUUCAGUUUCUGGCCUUGUGCUAGCAAUUUCCAUGGGUAUCACUGUUUUUUGGAUAAUAAGAAGGUGUCAUAAUGUCAUGGAAGAUAAUUUAUUGAAGACAAAGAACGGGGAGUCUUUGCCGCCCCAUCUGUGCCGCUCCUUUACAAUCGCAGAGAUCAAAGCAGCUACAAACAACUUCGAUGAUGCUUUUAUCAUCGGAGUUGGAGGGUUUGGCAACGUGUACAAAGGUUGUGUUGAUGGAUCCACACUUGUUGCGGUUAAGCGCCUCAAAUCGGGCUCUCAACAAGGUGCCAACGAGUUCAUGAAUGAAAUCGAGUUGCUCUCCCAGCUUCGCCACAUUCACUUGGUGUCCCUCGUGGGAUAUUGCAACGAUGACACAGAGAUGAUUUUGGUUUAUGAGUUCAUGCAGCACGGUACUCUUUGUGAGUAUCUUUAUGGUUCUAAUAACGAGCCACUACCUUGGAGGCAGAGGCUUGAAAUUCUAUUAGGUGCCGCAAGAGGGCUGAAUUAUCUUCAUGCUGAGGUGAAGCACAAAAUAAUACAUCGUGACGUGAAGAGCACCAACAUAUUGUUGGAUGAAAAAUGGAUAGCUAAGGUUUCCGACUUCGGGUUAUCCAAGGUGGGACCUACAGGGAUAUCGACUACCCACAUCAGCACAAUGGUGAAAGGAAGCCUUGGGUAUUUAGAUCCUGAGUACUAUAUGUUCCAAAGGCUAACUCUAAAAUCAGAUGUGUACUCGUUCGGUGUGGUACUUCUUGAAGUGUUGUGUGCUAGGCCACCUUUGGUUCGUAAUUUGGAUAAGAAUACUGCUAGUCUAGUUUGUUGGUUCAAAAGAUGCUACGAAGAAGGUGUGGCGAUUGAACAAAUAGUGGAUCCAUUCCUAAGAGAUUCCAUCACGGGCGAGUGUUUAGAAUAUUAUUGCAAGUUGGCGUUAAGUUGUUUGCAUGAUGAUGGAAUUCAACGACCCUCAAUGAGUCAAGUGGUUGGGGGUUUAGAGUUUGCGUUGCAAUUGGUGGUGAGUGAGGAAGAUUACGACGUUUGUACGACCCAAAAAGAGAUAACAUGCAUAAAAGGCCUACGGUUCUCGCAAUCUAUGAGUGAUGAAGGGAGUGGUAUGCAUUUCGCAAGAUCCCAGACUUUUAAGGAGAGCACAAUCUCAGCGAGGUCAAUUACAAAAGAACAUCUUUUCUCUGAGAUUAGGAAUCAAAAAAGACGAUCGUAUUCAUGUCAAAACUUCAAAGUUUAUAUUUAGCAGUUAAUAUGGAACACCACCUUAUAUAUGUAUAGCGUAAUGUAAUAUCAAAACUAAAUAAUUUCAGUACUUAGCGAAAAGAUGUUGUUUGAUCA